GAAGAGAGCCUAGUCUUGGUGGGAACUGCAAAAAAUCGCGCUCUCCCUGCUGCCCGACACACAUUUUAGUUUGCAGUGCCGGAAGAAAAUUUAGUCUGUGUGAUAUCUCAAUUUUUGAAAAACCUUAACCUUAUGCGAAAUCUCGGGUGAAGACAUGGUAAUACAGCCGCCCAAUCCGCAACUACAGGGGCAGCGGCCUCUAAAUGCCAUUCCUCCAAUAUUCGAGAAACCCCCGACAGUGGGCCGCUUCAUCGAAGGAGGCGAUGCUCACUUUGAAUGCAGAGUCAUUGGCAAUCCUCAACCCGAAGUGGUUUGGUCCAGAAGAGGAAUGCCAAUAAAAAAUGAUAACAGACGUCAAGUAUCGUACAAUCCUACCACAGGCAUGUGCGUAUUUGACAUCAAAGGACUCACUGCAGAAGACGACGGUGAAUACACAUGUACUGCCGUUAACUGCGCCGGGGAAGCCUCCCUCACAGUCUCUAUACAAAGGGACGUUCGAGGCCAAGUAGUAUCUCAAGACACAUUUAGACAAGUACAGGUACCUAUGAGUCACACACAGCAAACCAUUAUUGACCAACGCCAAGUAAGAGGUACAUAUGUCCAGUCAUAUGUCCAACAGCAACAUACAGAUGGCAUAUACCAGAGGACCACAUCUGCUGAAUAUGAAAUGGAUCCAAGCUGUCCCAUGUAUUACAGUGGCACCGAAAGUUUCCGUGUCGAUACGUUCGAGUAUCGGUUGCUGCGUGAAGUAGAGUUCCGUGAAUCUCUCUUCCGGAGGUUACCCGGUGAGGAAGCACCCGAGAAACCGGCAGCUUUGGACAAAACACAGCCCCCUAGCGCGCCGCAGAUCACAGCCCGCCCUCGAAACAGCAAAUUACUUGAAGGCUCUGAAGCAACAUUCCAAGCGAAGAUCACAGGCAAUCCGAAACCUAAGAUUACAUGGUUUAAAAAUGGUCAACGAAUUUUUCCGUCUCAACGAUUCAAGAUGAGUUACAAAGACGAUAUAGCGAUAUUGCACAUCCAUAUGGCAUUACCAGAAGACGCCGGUUAUUACACUUUAUUAGCUGAGAAUACGAAUGGACGGAUAGCUUGCUCAGCUCAUCUAGUGAUCGAGGGUGUAGGAGUUCCAGUGACAACUACUUUCCAACAACAAAAAGCACAAACUGCCGUUACUUCUGCCCGCCCAGUGCCUUUUGGUUACCAAACCGAACAGCAAAUGGCUUAUUCACAACUUACAUCUCAAACAACAGUACAAUCCCAAACAUUAUCCUCGUCUAACCUUUAUACCCAACAACAGGUUCAACAGCAGUAUGCAGCUACUAACCUUAACCAACAACAACAAUAUUUAACAUCUCAACAACCCACUUACUUCCCCCUCAGCGAUGGCAUAGCCACCACCAUAACGGCUGCUACUGCUGUGCGAGUCCAAGAAACGAACGAUGUCGAUGUCAGUGCAACGGGAGCGAGCAAAGCCCUCAAGCCGAAUUUUGUUAAGAUACCUGGAGACAAAGAAGUCACCGAAGGCAAGAUGGUGAGGUUUGACUUACGUGUCAGUGGAAGACCAUUCCCAGACGUCUCCUGGUACCUCAACGGAAAUCAAGUGGUUGAUGACGCAACGCACAAACUCUUGGUCAACGAAGGAGGAGUGCAUGCGCUCAUGAUCACAUCCACCAGUAGGACAGAUGCCGGCACAUAUACAUGUGUAGCAAAGAACAAAAGUGGAGAGGCCUCCUUCAAUGUAAAUCUUCACGUUAUAGAAAAAGAACAAAUAGUGGCACCCAAAUUUGUCGAGCGAUUUCAGAGUCUUCAUGUUCGAGAGGGUGAACCAGUUACUCUUCAUUGCAGAGCAAUUGGUACUCCCAUUCCGAAUAUCACUUGGCAAAAAGAUGGAGUUCAGAUACAUUCACAGCCUCCCGAUAUACUUAUAGAAACCAGUGAUGGUGCUUCUACCAUAUACUUCAAUCGAGUGACUAUUUUAGAUUCAGCAUGGUAUCAAUGCACAGCUCAAAAUCAGGCAGGAAGUACUGCUACAAGAGCCAGGCUGUACGUAGAAAGCGAAACAGCUCCAGUACCGGAGCCUUGGAGGCUAAACUUGCCCAGACCACAGAAAGUUAUCGCUCCCGAGGGUUCUCCUCCUCGCGAAGUUGUAUGGUUGAAACCAGUGGAAAGGGCAGCACCGAGAGCGAGGGCUCCAGAAGAAGAAAGACCCCCACAGAAACCAGCCUUCACCACCCACAUCCGAGACUUGAAUUUACAAGAAGGAGACCGAGCACAUUUUGAUGCCAGAUUGAUUCCUAUAGGAGAUCCAACCAUGGUUAUUGAGUGGUACGUCAAUGGAAAACCAGUAGAAGCCAGCUCUCGCGUUAUGACGACUUAUAACUUUGGGUAUGUAGCCCUCACAUUGUUGCAUGUAUAUGCUGAGGAUUCCGGAGUAUACAUGUGCAGAGCUGUGAAUGAAGCCGGGGAGGCCACAACUACAGCCACUCUAAGAUGUGUCCCUCGCUCAAAGAUUGAACGUGCUCCGCAACAUCCAGAGAGCGUCGAAGCCAUUAGGCAUUUGGAAGACUAUUCGAAAUAUCAGAAACAGGAAUCUAUAGAAGAAAUGAUUUCGCAGCAAAAGCCUGUCUUCAUCAAGCCUCUUCGUCCAAUCGAGAACAUUUUGGAAGGGGGUUUCGCUCAUUUCGAGGCGCAGAUAACACCUGUCAGCGACUCGACGAUGAAAGUGGAAUGGCUCUUCAAUGGACAACCGCUAAGAGCAGGCACGCGUAUAAGUACUACUUUCAGCUUUGGUUAUGUGGCGUUGAAUAUCUCUUAUGUACGAGCUGAGGAUUCGGGCGUCUACAUGUGCAAAGCCACCAAUCAGAUGGGAGAAGCCAUCUCAACAGCUACAUUGAAAGUGAAAGUGACUGAACAAGUGACCUCAAGUUUGGGAAUUCCAGAGCAACAGAGCUACAUUCAGAAAACGCAAGAGCUGGAAGCUUAUCAGUCGAUGCAACGACAAACUUUCGUGGAAGUGGACCAAACCGUCAGACAGAAGCCCUGUUUCAAAACUCAACUUGUGGAGAAAUUAGAACUGAAUGAAGGAAAGACAGCUCAUUUUGAGGCACGUCUUGAACCUUCAGGAGAUUCCACAAUGAGAGUAGAGUGGAUGAAAGACGGAAAGCCUGUAGAAGCCAGCUCCAGGAUCUCAACUUUCUUCAAUUUCGGAUAUGUGUCACUUACAAUACGAGGUGUUGACGCUCGAGAUACUGGUACAUACACAUGCGUCGCUACAAAUUGCAUGGGCAGCGCUUCGACUACUUCUAGACUUAUAUGUAUAAGCAAAAAGAGCAUAGUUGUUGAAUCUCAACACCCUGAAGGUCUUGAAAAGAUUCAGCAUCUUGAAGACUAUUCUCGAUACCAGAGGGAUGUACGAGAGGAUGUGAGUUUCACUGUAAAGCCCACUUUUACCGCUGAGCUCACUGGAAAAAGUCAGUUGAUUGAAGGACAAAGUGCUCAUUUCGAAACACGAUUGGAGCCAAUGGGAGAUCCUAGUAUGACCGUGGAAUGGUUUUUUAAUGGCCGACCACUUACCACUGGACACCGCUUCAAGACAUAUUUUGAUUUUGGUUACGUUGCUCUGGACAUUUUGUACGUAUUCCCUGAAGAUACAGGAACGUUCACUGUUGUUGCCAAAAACUCUAUUGGACAAGCAACACUUUCGAAGCAAGUUCACGUACAAGCCAAAACCUCGGUAGAUACCUCAACUAUUCACGAAAUCGAAGAAAAAAAAAUUGAAUAUUUAGAACGCCCACCUCAUGUGGAUACUGACCGUUUCAUAGAAGAGAUCUCCAAGACCAAGCCUUAUUUUCCUAUUACUCUACACAGCCCCAAACCCUUACGAGAAGGUGAAAGGGUACACUUAGAAUGUAGAGUCGAACCAGUAGGAGAUCCAACGUUGAAGAUUGAGUGGUUCUUUAAUGGAAAACCUCUGCCUUCUGGCUCCCGAUUCCAAGCAAAGCAUGAAUUCGGUCACAUAAUUCUGGACAUACUCACAGCAUACCCCGAGGACACUGGCGAGUACACUGUCAGGGCAACCAAUCAUCUUGGCUCAGCGCAUACCAGUGCAUGCAUCACUGUCAUUGGUAAAAGUGGAAUUGUUUCUGAAACUCAGCAUCCAGAAGGACUUGAAAAAAUCCAGCAUUUGGAAGAUUCGAGUCGCUACAAGAGGGACCAGUUUGAAGAGACGAUCAUUACGCAGCUUCCCACAUUUACGAAACCACUGCACAACAUCGAGACGAUUGAGGGCACCAAUAUUCAUCUUGAAUGCCGACUUGCCCCUGUCGGCGAUCCAACCAUGCGGAUAGAGUGGCUUGUGAAUGGUGCACCUCUCAAAGUGGGGCAUCGAUUCCGACCCGCAUACGAAUUCGAUUAUGUCGCCUUAGACAUUCUCAGCGUGUACGCAGAAGAUAGCGGAGUUUACACUUGCAGAGCAACUAGCAGUUUGGGCCAGGCUGUUACUUCUUGCACUGUUAAAUGCACAGCUAGGAGCGAAAUUAUUUCAGAAUCACAGCAUCCGGAAGGUCUUCAACAGAUUCAAUACCUUGAAGACCAGAGUCGCUACCAAAGAGAAACCUGGGUUGAAGAGGCCGUCAAAGUGCAGCCCAAAUUCUUAACUAAGCUUAACAACUUAACUCUACAUGAAGGUCAAAUGGCUCAUUUUGAAUGCCGUCUGGAACCCGUUAACGAUUCUUCUCUAAGAGUUGAAUGGUUUAGAAAUGGAAAAUCUCUUCCAGUUGGUCACCGUUAUAGACCUUUCCAUGAUUUUGGGUACGUUGCCCUAAACAUCUUAUCAGUUGUUCCAGAAGAUUCCGGAACCUACACCUGCAGAGCUGUCAAUUUAAUUGGAACAGCAGAAGAAAUUCAAGCAACACUUACUUGCACAGGCAAAUCGUCAAUUCUAUCAGAAACUCAGCAUCCAGAAGGCUUGCAAAAAAUUCAGCAACUCGAAGAUUACUCUAGGUACACACGUGACGUGUAUCAAGAAGAGCUCACAAGCCAGUCUCCAGUAUUCACCAAAGCUCCACAGAAUGUCGAAAUCAAGGAAGGCCAGCGAGUGCAUUUCGAAUGCCGGCUGAUUCCGGUUGGCGAUCCCAAGCUCAAAGUUGAAUGGUUCCAUAAUGGAAGACCUGUGAAGCAAGGCACACGAUUUGUUCAGACAUUUAAUUUCGGUUAUGUCGCACUGGAUAUUAUGUAUGCUUAUCCUGAAGAUUCCGGUACUUACACUUGCAAAGCUGUGAAUGCACUCGGAGAAGCUGUUACAUCAGCCACCCUUAAGUGUCACAGUAAGAGUGCUCUUAUUUUGGAAUCGCAGCAACCGGAGAGUCUGGAGAAGAUUCAACAAUUAGAGGAUAUGAGCCGAUAUCAAAAGACCUCAUAUAUCGAAGAAACAACAACGCAGGCACCAGUUUUCACGCAAGCUAUGAAGAACUUGCAACUAAUGGAGAACCAGAGUGCUCACUUUGAAUGCAGGCUGAUACCAGUUGGGGACACGAAGCUUAAAGUGGAAUGGUUCCAUAAUGGAAUUGCUAUCAUGCCUGCUUCUAGAGUAACACUGACACAUGAUUUUGGUUUUGUGGCACUGGACUUGGCAUACGUGAAACCAGAGGACAGUGGAACCUAUACCUGCAAGGCAACUAAUGAACUCGGACAGGCUGUAUGUUCAGCAACUUUAGCUGUUAGAGGUUCAAAAUCCUUGCUUUUGGAGACGCAACAUCCAGAAGGCUUGCAGAAGAUUCAGUAUUUGGAAGACGCUAGCCGUUACCAGCGCGAGACCAUUGAGGAAACUCGAGUAACAUCGCCACCAGUAUUUAUAACACCACUUUCAGGACCUAACCAACUCGUUGAGGGACAUAGCAGUCAUCUCGAAUGCAGAAUAGAGCCCUACCCAGAUCCAACCAUGAAGAUUGAAUGGUUCUUCAACGGAAAACCUCUGCCUUCAGGAUCACGCUACCGAACUAUGUUCGACUUUGGAUUUGCUGCAUUGGAUAUUUUAACCGUUUAUGCAGAGGAUUCUGGUGAAUACACAAUUAAAGCCACAAAUAGUCUCGGAACAUCCUCAUCUUCCGCUAGGAUCAAUGUUACAGCAAAGAAGAGUUUGAUCCUUGAGUCUCAGCAACCAGAUAGUUUGCAAAAGAUCAGGCAGUUGGAAGAUACAAGCCGAUUUGCCAGGCCCGAGGAACCGGAGCGAAUAUUCGAUAGGCCAAAUUUCGGCAGGCCUUUGUACAAUUUAGACAACUUAGUUGAGGGCCAAAGUGCACAUCUGGAAGCAACACUAACUCCUGUCAAUGAUCCAACAAUGAGAGUAGAGUGGUACCAUAACGGAGUGACUAUUAAGCCAGCUCAUCGUUUCCGAACUACAUUCGACUUCGGAUAUGUCGCACUUGACAUUUUACAUGUUUUGCCUGAAGAUACCGGAACCUACAUGUGCAAAGCUGUUAAUAGGAUGGGAGAAGCUAUCACUACAUGCUCUAUUAAAGUGCAAGCCAAAGGGUCCAUUUACACGGACACUUUGCAUGAAGAAGGUCUGGAGAAAAUCCGUGCCUUGGAAGAACAGUACAGACCUGCUCCAGAAGAGCCAGUCAUUCCAGUUUCUCGUCCUAUCUUCCUUACACCCCUCAAGAGCCAAGAGAAUAUCAAAGAAGGCCAGCCGGUGCAUCUGGAAUGCAAGUUGGAACCUGUUAAUGAUCCAAAACUGAAAGUGGAGUGGUAUGUCAACGGCAUCGAGAUUAAAGCAGGUCAUCGGUUCCGAACUAUCCAUGACUUCGGGUAUGUAGCUUUGGACAUUCUGUACAGCUAUGCUGAAGACAGUGGCACCUACAUGUGCAGAGCUGUUAACGAGCUUGGUGAAGCCGUUACGACUUGCUCCGUUAAAGUGGAAGCUCGCCGAAGCAUUUACUACGAUACCCAGCAUCCUGAAGGGUUGGAGAAAAUUAGAGAAUUAGAAGGCCAGACUAAAUAUCAUCCAAUUGAAGUAGAGGAGAAGCCAAUCUGCAAACCAUACUUCGUCUCUGAACUAAGAGGUGCAACGGAGUACAUGGAAGGGGAUUCUGCACAUUUCGAGUGUCGUGUUGAACCAGCCUAUGACUCAGAAUUGAAGGUGGAAUUCUUUCACAAUGGCAAAUCGCUUCCUGCAGCUGCAAGGUUUCAUGUUACUCUGGACUUUGGCUAUGUAGCGCUUGAUGUGAGUCAUGUGUACCCAGAAGAUGCUGGACAGUAUACUUGCAAAGUUUCCAAUAAACUAGGGGAAGCGACUAGCAGUAUCAACAUCAGAGUACACAGUCGUUCCAGUAUCAUUUCGGAUACACAACAUCCUGAAGGUCUUGCAAAGAUCCAAGCUAUGGAAGAC